AGUGCUCGUGUCAAACGUGACGGCUUUGACAAUUCGCUUCGAAUGCUACUUGUCGCGAUAAAACACGAGCUUUACCUGCAGCGCCUGAGUCCAUCAAAGAUCCUCAGGGAGGCUGACGUAAACCAGCAAUGUUUGUUUAUCUGAGUAAGAAGAUUUCCAUACCCAACAACUUUCGAUUAAACUGCAUAGCAUGGAAUCAAAAGGACGGAUACAUCGCCGUGGGAGGAGAAGACGGUCUCUUGAAAGUCCUGCGAGUGGACUCCAGUGCAAAUGGAUCGCACAGCAGCGGGAAAUCUCGUGGCUUGGCUGCGGCAAGCAAUCUGAGCAUGAAUCAGCCUCUGGAAGGUCACAAUGGACAUGUCCAAGUAGUGACGUGGAAUGAGGAGCAUCAGAAGCUGACCUCAAGCGACCAGAACGGGGUCAUUAUAGUUUGGAUGCUGUACAAGGGAUCGUGGUACGAAGAAAUGAUAAACAACCGCAACAAGUCCGUAGUGAGAGGUAUGGCAUGGAGCUGCGAUGGUCAGAAGAUAUGCAUUGUUUAUGAGGAUGGAGCUGUGAUCGUCGGAUCUGUCGAUGGCAACAGGAUCUGGGGCAAAGAAUUGAAAAAUGUGUCUCUAUCUGCCGUGCAAUGGUCCCCAGAUGGAAAGUUACUUCUGUUCGGUUUGAAAAACGGCGAGCUUCACCUGUACAACAAUCAAGGCAUAUUCCUGACGAAGCUGAACAUAUCCUCGCUGAAUACUUCUCAAUAUCAAACCAUAGUGGCACUCCAAUGGUAUGAUGGAAGAAACGGUUACGUCGCCAUUGAUUGUCCUACCCUCGCUGUUUGCUAUCGCAACGGUAGGAUACUAUUGAUGCGGGAUGCCAGCGACGAUAACCCGAUUAUGAUGGAGACCGGGAUGACCACCUCAUGGUGCAGCUGGAACAGCUGCGGUUCUUUCUUGGCGAUAACAGGCAUGAUGCCGUUACUUAGUAACGGAGAGACGAAGGACAUGAACGUCAUACAGUUUUAUACGCCGUUCGGCGAGCACGUGAGGACCCUGAAGAUACCAGGGCGGGAAGUAACGUGUUGCACUUGGGAGAAAGGUUCCCUCCGAGUCGCCUUAUCUGUCGACUCGCACAUAUACUUCGCGAAUAUCCGCCUGGACUACAAAUGGACGUACUUCAGCAACACCGUCGUCUUUACGAACGAGAAGGUCGGCAAAGAUGGUACCUGCGUGACAUUCUGGAAUACGAGCAGCAACGCGUGCUGUACUAAAUAUGUGAGAUCUCUGAUAUCGAUAGCUUCGCAUGGAGAGCACUGCGUGCUCUCCGUAAGGAACGAUCCUGCUCAGGCCACCGAGCAAUUCGCUCUUCUCGUCUGCAACACCAUCGCCACACCGAUAGACUCCAAGUUCCUGGACCUGGAACCGUUGUAUGUCACCAUAACCGCCAACAUGGUCGUGGCCGCAUCCAAGAAUAAUUUUCUGGUGUGGAACUUCCGCGCGCCCCGCAACUCGAUGUUGCACCCGAGCAGGAUGCGGAAGUACAAGAUCUACCACGUAGAUGAGACGCCGACCGGCGUGACCGAGGUCAUUCAGGAUUUGGACAAGGAUGGUGCGUUCGAGACUCCCAUCAACAUGAAAGUUACCAUGGAUCCGAUCUGCUGCGUCUACGCCACUGAGAAGGUUCUUCUGGUCGGUCGAGAUUCGGGGAUGAUUCAGCGAUACUCUCUGCCGCAGAUAACGCUCGUAAAUCGAUAUAACACCGCGUGUAGACUGCAUAGAAUCGCCAUUAAUUGUGACUCUACGCGCGUCUCCAUCCUAGACACCAAUGGCAUACUCACUAUGUUAGAUUUAGAUUCACAAAAAGCGCCCGAUUCGCGAGAUGGGGGUUCGAGCGAGGAUAUAUCUAAGUUUGAAAGGAAGGAUGUAUGGGCCAUGUGCUGGGCAAAGGACAACCCCGCACUCCUGGCAAUUAUGGAGAAAACUAGGAUGUACGUUUUAAGAGGAUUAGACCCAGAAGAACCUAUAUCUUGUUCAAGUUACAUUUGUUCCUUCCAAGAUUUAGAGAUACGCUGCGUACUACUGGAUGAACUUAUACUGGCGUCCGACGACACGCGAAAGGAAUUGAUCAUAGACUUGGAGGUGAAAUCUCUAAGAGACACGAGGGAGUUGCUGGCCAAGGUGGGCCUGAAAGAGGCGAACAAUUUCAUUCAGGAUAACCCGCAUCCACGGCUCUGGCGUUUACUGGCCGAAUCGGCGUUGACGAAGCUGGACUUGGAAACGGCGGAGAACGCCAUGGUACGUUGCACGGAUUAUUUAGGUAUACAAUUUAUCAAACGUUUGCAGAAUGUGCACAACGAUCAGCUGAAGAAGGCCGAGGUCGCGGCGUUCCUCGGGAACUACGACGAGGCCGAGAAGCUGUAUUUGGAUAUGGACAGGAGAGACCUGGCGGUCGCUCUGCGCCAGAAGCUAGGCGAUUAUUUCCGGGUCGUGCAAUUGAUGAAAAUGGGUAUCGGCGGGUCGGAUAAACAAAUGGAGCACGCGUAUAACAAGAUUGGCGAUCACUUCGCCGAGAGGCAGAACUGGGAGAGCGCGAAAGAAUACUACGAGAGAGGCAGGAAUCAGGAAAGACUUAUCCAAUGCUAUUAUAAAUUGGAAGAUUUCAUUCAACUGGCGGCAACCGUGGACCAACUUCCGGAUAAGAGCCCCAUCUUGAAAACCGUGGCGAGGAUGUUGGCAUCGGUAGGAAUGUGCUCGCAGGCGGUAGCUGCUUAUAUCAAAUACGGCGACGUAAAAUUGGCCGUCGAUACAUGCGUGCGUUUAAAUCACUGGGACCAAGCCGUCGACCUGGCGAAGACUUACAAAAUGGCACAGAUCGGCGAGCUGUUGAACAAAUACGCCAAUCAUCUGUUAUCGAACGGCAAGCGUCUGCAGGCGAUCGAAUUGUAUAAGAAAGCUAACUAUAAUUUAGAAGCUGCUAAAUUAUUGCUUCAUCUCGCAGAGGAGCAAGCAAAAUCUAAGUCCCAUCCUCUGCGCGUAAAGAAGAUAUACGUCCUCGCGGCAUUGCUGAUCGAAGAUCACAUCAAUAGCGUUCCGGCGAUAAAAGGCGGUCGCAGCAACGUCGUUAUGGGUCUCUCCGAGAGUAACGAGGAUACCAAAAUCAUAGAAAACGCCUGGCGAGGUGCCGAGGCGUAUCACUUUCUUCUCCUCGCACAUAGGCAGUUGUACGACGGUAGUUUUGACGCCGCGAUGAAGACUGCCCUGCGACUCAGAGAUUACGAAGACAUACUGGAGGUGGAGGAUGUCUAUUGUCUUUUGGCACUCUGCAGUGCUGUCAAUCACGCGUUCGCCACUUGUUCGAAGGCUUUCAUAAAAUUGGAAGGACUCGAAACGAUUUCGGAGGCGAGAAAGGAGGAGUACGAGGAACUAGCGGUGGAUAUCUUCACGAGGCACACCCCGAAGGAUUCCCGCAACAAUAAGGCGGAAUGCGUGAAUUGCGAGACCUUGGUGCCCGAUUGGUGCACCGCGUGCCCGAAUUGUUCGACUAGAUUCCCGGCUUGCAUUGUAUCGGGUAAACCGCUGAUGGACCUCAGCACCGCGUGGAUCUGCACUGUUUGUCGACAUCACGUCGCAACGGAACGUGACGUUGUUAAUAUAAAUGCCUGCCCCCUGUGUCACAGCACCAUCACGUAUAUGUGAGAUAAAUCGAAUAAUUUAGUAGCUCGUUGGAUUUUUAUUUGCUCGAAUUUCACGAUAAAUAGCAAGCUUUUAUUUUUUAAUUAUUGUGCAAUAAAA